GUAAAAAGAUCCUAUCAUCAUCAUCAAUUUUUGACAUUAAAUCACUAGCUGCGUCAGUGCGUCUCAAUCCUUUCUCCAUGUUGGGUUGGGGCCCAAUAUGACUAGUUGUCCAAGUAAAGUUGAAGGCUCCCUUGAUGUUGAUGUUUCUGGCCUCCACUAAUGCCAGAGUGAUGUAUUGCCAUUGAUUGUGCUGCCUACUUACUGAGUUGACAAUGAAGCUAGUAAUGAAGAUUUUGAGCGGACAAAGUGUAAAGAAGAACCAGUUUAUAAAAUGGGGGAAGAGAAUUGCAACCACAGAAUCUGCAAUUACACUUGGUAAUGUAAGAAAUCGAGUGCCAUUUAGCUGUUGCUGUGGAUUGCGUGUCCUGAGGCAGUUGCUUUGGAAGUUUAGGACACAAUGGAAGCAAGCGUUGGGGUGGCGAAGGAACAGCGUAAAGUACAGCUAUGAUAUUCACAGCUAUUCCCUUAACUUUGAUGAUGGUCUCUACCAUGACAAUCACUCAUCAAAGGGUUCUUCUCAAUGAAAUUCUCUCCUUCCCCUGCAGAGAGCCAGAUGUUGGGAGACCUUCAUGUCCGGUUCGGAGGGCGGUUGAUAUGACGACCCGGCUAUCAUUAUGCCUUCAGCAAUAAGUCAUCCGGUUUCUAUCAGUUGCUUCACAGGACCAUUUGGCAUAUAAACAAGGUUUUCUUAAGAUAUUGGGGUACCAUCUUAAUCCAAUAUUUGUAGUUAUAAUUCUACUUUGUCUUACUUUGAUAGUAGUUGAAAUCGGUAUGCAGAGCUGUUGAGCCAUGCUAUUUCAUAUAUGGUAUUUUGAACAAAAUUAUGUAAAUAGUCUUGGAAAUGCUCUUCCACAUUUUCUGUCUUCUGGAAAUUUUCUUGUUUUCAGUAUAAACUUGCAGAUUAAUUAAUGAAAACAACAGUUUCUCAAA